AUGAAGUGUAACAGAACAGAAUUUACCACCUGAAACUGCUGCUUCAAGUUCAGAUCAGGAAAGGAACCUACAUCGUAACAACAACAUAAGACCAAAGAAGAGUAAACUUACACUGAAGACACAACACUUGAUCUGAAACAAGAAGUUUGUGCCUACUCAACAGCUUCAAAAAAAAGCACGUCCCAACGCUGCUAAUAGUCCUUGUUUUCUCCAGUGCUGUGCUGAAACUGCCCAGUACAGCAGCCGUUGUAUUCUUUAUUAGCUUGAUAGAUCAAUUUCUCUCGCUAGUUUUUUUUUUUUGUUGUUGUUGGUUUUUUUUUUAUUGUAACAAUCUUCAUCCUUUGAAACGUGCGCUGAAACAGAAGAAUCAGCAAAUACUACUGAAAGUGCAAUAUUUGAAUAUCACUGCGAGCUGUGUGAGAUGGAGAACCAUUAUACUGUGUCAUCAGAUCCUCUCCCCCCUCCUGCAGCUCCCCCACCUUCUCUUCCUUUAUCUUUCUCCUCAUCUUCUACCUCAUCUGGGUCUAAAAAACAGAAGAGGACCCCCCUGUAUCAGAGAUCUAUGAGCUUUGAUCCAAACCUUCUCCACAACAAUGGACACAACGGCUACCCCAAUGGUACUUCGGCAGCACUGCGUGAAACGGGGGUUAUUGAAAAACUGCUGACCUCAUACGGCUUCAUUCAGUGCUCAGAACGGCAAGCUAGACUGUUCUUCCACUGUUCGCAGUACAAUGGCAACUUACAGGAGCUUAAAGUAGGAGAUGAUGUUGAAUUUGAAGUCUCUUCUGACCGCCGAACUGGAAAACCCAUUGCUGUUAAAUUGGUGAAGAUAAAGCCAGAAAUCUUACCCGAAGAGCGAAUAAAUGGACAAGUUGUGUGUGCUGUUCCUCACAAUUUAGAGAGUAAAUCUCCAGCUGCCCCGGGUCAGAGUCCUACAGGGAGUGUAUGCUACGAACGUAAUGGGGAAGUGUUUUACCUGACUUACACACCUGAAGACGUUGAAGGGAACGUACAGCUAGAAACUGGAGAUAAAAUAAACUUCGUAAUUGACACAAAUAAGCAUACUGGUGCUGUAAGUGCUCGUAACAUCAUGCUUUUGAAAAAGAAACAAGCCCGUUGUCAAGGAGUAGUUUGUGCCAUGAAGGAAGCCUUUGGAUUUAUUGAAAGAGGUGAUGUCGUAAAGGAGAUAUUCUUUCACUAUAGUGAAUUUAAAGGUGAUCUAGAAGCCUUACAGCCUGGCGAUGAUGUGGAGUUUACAAUCAAAGACAGAAAUGGUAAAGAAGUUGCAACGGAUGUAAAACUGUUGCCACAAGGGACUGUUAUUUUUGAAGAUAUCAGCAUUGAACACUUUGAAGGAACUGUAACCAAAGUAAUCCCAAAAGUACCCAACAAAAAUCAGAACGACCCGUUGCCUGGACGCAUCAAAGUUGACUUUGUGAUUCCUAAAGAACUUCCGUUUGGAGAUAAAGAUACAAAAUCCAAGGUCACGCUUUUGGAAGCUGACCAUGUUAGAUUCAACAUUUCAACGGAUCGACGUGACAAACUGGAACGAGCCACCAAUAUUGAAGUUCUUCCUAAUACUUUCCAGUUUACUACUGAAACUAGAGAAAUGGGUGUGAUUGCAGCAAUGAGAGAUGGCUUUGGUUUCAUUAAGUGUGUUGACCGGGAUGCCCGCAUGUUCUUUCACUUCAGUGAAAUCAUGGAUGGAAACCAGCUCCACAUUUCGGAUGAAGUAGAGUUUACUGUUGUCCCUGACAUGCUGUCUGCCCAAAGAAAUCAUGCUAUAAGGAUUAAAAAGCUUCCUAAGGGCACAGUUUCAUUCCACACACAGUCAGAUCACCGUUUUGUGGGCACCAUAGAAAAAGAAGCCACUUCUGCCAAAGCCACUAGCCCAAAUAAAGGCAAAGAAAAGGAAGCGGAAGAGGGAGUAAUUGCUUAUGAUGACUGUGGAGUAAAACUGACUAUUCCUUACCAGGCCAAGGAUGUGGAAGGAUCUACGAAUCCUCAGAUAGGAGAUAAGGUCGAGUUCAGUGUCUGUGAAGUGAAGAGAACUGGUCUGCAGACAGCUGUUUCUGUCAGAAUGCUUGGUCGCAACUACAGCUCCAAGAGGCUCGUGGGGUAUGUGGCAGCCCUGAAAGAUAACUUCGGGUUUAUUGAAACAGCCAAUCACGAUAAGGAGAUCUUCUUCCAUUACAGUGAAUUCUGUGGUGACAUUGAUAGUCUGGAACUUGGGGAUGCAGUCGAGUAUAGCUUAUCAAAAGGCAAAGGAAACAAAGUCAGUGCAGAAAAGGUGAACAAAACACAUGCAGUGAAUGGUAUCACUGAGGAAGCUGAUCCAACUGUUUACUCGGGUAAAGUAAUUCGUCCUCUCAGAAGUGUAGACCCUACACAAACUGAAUACCAGGGAAUGAUUGAGGUCAUGGAGGAUGGGGAGAUGAAAGGAGAGUUUUAUCCAUUUGGAAUCGUUGGGAUGGCAAACAAGGGUGACUGCCUGCAGAAGGGUGAAACGGUCAAGUUCCAGCUCUGCGUCCUUGGUCAGAACGGGCAGACAAUGGCUGUGAACAUUGCACCUUUCCGGAGGGCCACUGUGGAGUGUGUGAAAGAUCAGUUUGGCUUCAUUAACUAUGAAGUUGGUGACAGCAAAAAGCUGUUUUUUCAUGUCAAAGAAGUUCAAGAUGGUGUGGAGCUACAGGCUGGGGAUGAAGUGGAGUUCUCUGUGAUCCUGAAUCAGCGCACAGGGAAAUGCAGUGCCUGUAACGUGUGGCGAGUCUGUGAAGGUGCUAAGGCUGUUGCUGCUCCACGUCCUGACAGACUUGUUAACCGUCUGAAGAGCAUUAAUGUGGAUGAUGCCAGUGCUCCUCGCCUAACAGUCCUUCGUCAGCCAAGGGGACCUGAUAACUCAAAGGGAUUUGGUGCAGAGAGAAAGAUCCGUCAAGCUGGUGUUAUAGACUAAUGGAUUCCACAAAGCACAUUUAAGGAACUGGCACCAGUGUACUGUAAAAGAAUAAAUACUUAGGCUUUCCAUAGCUGUAUUGAGACUUUCAUCAAGGUGAAAUAGUUGAUGUCUGUGUGCUUUUUUUUUUUUAUUAUUAUUAUUAUUAUUUUUAUUUUUUUUGUCCUUCCCACCCACUCCCAUCUUCCCAGUCACACUUUAUCAAGUGAGAACUGAUUUGGUCUAAGUAUUAAUUUAACCAAAAAAGAUCAAGAUUAAUUUUCUUUGAAUAGAGGGCAGUACUGUGUGUGUUGGACUUUUUUUUCUUUUUUUUUUUUUUUUUUUUGGUUCCCCCACGUUCCCUCUAUUCUCACUUUAGGGUUUUCUUCUCUGGGAGACGCGUUCUCUUUGUAAAAACAAACAUUGCUUUCUCCGAGUUUUCUGUUAACGGCAAAGAAUGGAAAUAGAAUAAAGUUUUACUGAUUUUGGAAAAAGCC